AUGGCUUCAACAACGGGAUGGGACCACAUAAUUGUCGGUGGUGGCCUCGCCGGCACCGUCCUCGCCAGCCGACUUAUCGAAGCCAGUCCCAAACUCCGCGUUCUUGUUCUGGAGGCAGGCCCCGAUGUCAGCCAUCGCAAAGACAUCCUCUAUUUCCAAUCCUUCAACUUCAUCGGCGGAGAGUUCGACUGGAACUACAAGUCUGUGCCCCAGAAAGCCUUCCCUAUUUCCAGCGGACUGAAGCUUGGUACAAAACCCCAAAAUUCCGAGGCCCAUGGCAGGGCUGGAAAGCUUCAUAUCGAAUCUCCCAUCUCGACGGGACGGGAUUAUCCUCUUGCUGGCCCGGUGAAGCAGUCAUGGGCAGCCCUCGGUGUCGAAGCACUGCGAGGGCUUGAUAUGAAUGCAGGGCAGAACCUUGGCCUUGGGGAACUGAAUGAAAACCGCCACAACGGGGCCCGCCAGAUCUCUAGUACCGUAUACCCCCUUGCGGGAGUCACUGUCGUUACGAACGUGCUUGUUGGAUCGAUCCUCAUUGACGAAGCAGAUAACGUUACUCCUCGGGCCACUGGAGUCCGCCUGGCCAAUGGUGACGAUUAUCACGGAACAGAAGUCAGCAUCUCCACUGGGGCAUACCGAACGCCCCAGCUCCUUAUGCUUUCCGGGAUUGGCCCACGUGACGUCCUCGAUCAGCACGGCAUCGAGACAAAGGUGGAAGCACCAGAAGUCGGCAAGAACUUCAAUGACCACGUGCUGCUGUGGCUGAACUGGCGCCUACGGAAUCCUGCCAACGGCGAUGCCCUUGGCUCCAGCCACCCCAGAUGGGGAGAAGCCCGAUUCGGGACGGGGAUGCCAGCCAGCUACGUCGUUUCCACAGACGUCCCAAAAGACGGGCUCAGAACAGCGAUCGAUCGGGAUGGGAACGCGGAUCGCGACCGGUAUCUUCUUGAAAAGCCGCAUGCCCUGAUGAGAACAUCGUCGUGGUACUACUUCGGUGUGCCGCCGCAGAAGCCCGACGGCACGCAUAUCUCGACUGCUCUCAUGGGCAUGAAGCCGACGUCGCGAGACACCAUCACUAUUGCAUCCAAGGACCCUGCCGACCUUCCGGUAAUCGACCCCAAUUACUUGACUCUUUAG